AUGGCCUUCCCAGAAGGGUCGAUACCGAAGCAUGGGCCUGCGAUUAUGGUCCCGAAUUUGUGGAAAGUGGCUGGUAUGCCGCUCAUCGACAAGUUUCAUGAGGACCCAGAUAUCUUCCUGGUGAUCUUCGAUCCGAAUUGGAAUCCUGCACACGACCUACAAGCCAUAGACCGCGCCUAUCGAUUCGGCCAAACUCGGGAUGUUGAAGUUUUCCGUCUGCUGGGUGCAGGGUCCAUCGAGGAACUCAUCUAUGCGCGGCAAGUCAACAAGCAGCAGCAGAUGCAACACGAAUCACGCAUCUACCAACCUGACGGGGACUACACGUCGUACUACACGCCGGACGUCCCAGCCUGGAAGGUAUUCACGUACACCUAUCUCGGUCUCAACGUCCCCAUUAUCCUCCUUCAAUGUCUCGGCGCCUCGUUCGCCGUCGCUGCGUCCACGGUGCCUGCGUGGAACAACGGGUACAACAACGGGAACUUCGGCAAGUUCCUGACCGUGAUGCUCGCUUUGAGCGCGACGGGCAACAUCGCGAUCACGCUCUACUCGUUCUGCGUGUCCUUCCAGGUGUUCAUCCCGCAGGCCAUGUACGUGCCGCGAUACUUCUUCUCCGUCCUCGCCAUAGCGAUUAUCAUCCCGCUCUCGAUCGUGGGGCAGCACAAGUUCUACGACGCACUCAGCAACUUCCUCGGCCUGAUCGGGUACUGGUCGACCGCGUUCUGCGCCGUCGUCAUCAAUGACUACCGCCGGCUCCCGCUCGGGCUCGCGGCUAUCGGCGCGUGCCUCCUCGCGUGCAGCCUGAUCGUGCCGUCGAUGGACCAGGUGUGGUUCGUCGGCCCGUUCGCGAAGACGACGGGGGACAUUGCUUUCGAGUUGGCGUUCGUGGCGACGGCGCUGUUCUAUGUCCCUCUGAGGUUGGUGGAGUUACGGUUAAGGAUACUUUUGGCGGCAUUUGAGUUGGUUGAACAACAGAAAGGGUCUAAGAGCACGCGGAAGAUCCGCAGAGAUGUCAAAGAAAUCAAGAAGCUGCGCGACCAAAUGGAUAGAAAGCUCAAGGACUAG